CCCGUUCCCGACGGCCCUCGCGGCAGGUUCCGGCGUCAGCACAAAUCGUGAUGGCGGGUGCUGGUUCCGCCGCUGUGUCCGGGGCAGGGACCCCGGUGGCGGGGCCCACAGGCCGCGACCUCUUCGCCGAGGGGCUCCUGGAGUUCCUGCGACCCGCGGUGCAGCAGCUCGACUCUCACGUGCACGCUGUCAGAGAGAGUCAGGUUGAACUCCGGGAACAAAUUGACAACCUAGCUACAGAACUAUGCCGUAUCAAUGAGGAUCAAAAAGUGGCCCUGGAUCUAGACCCCUAUGUUAAGAAACUACUUAAUGCUCGUCGGAGAGUUGUCUUGGUCAACAACAUUCUACAAAAUGCCCAGGAACGGCUGAGGCGGCUAAACCACAGUGUUGCCAAGGAAACAGCCCGCAGGAGGGCAAUGCUGGAUUCAGGAGUUUAUCCUCCUGGUUCCCCAGGCAAAUAACAGGCAUGCCCUGGCUUUAGGAGUAGCACAAGUAGGUGUUUCCCAGCUGCCGUUUCUACAGAUGUGAAGAUUCCAGGAGACCUCUUUGGACCUUAGCGCUCAAGUUGUACCCAUUCAUGGUGGGGAGGGGGGCUCAAGAAAUGUACGUGCAGCAGGACGCAGGUUUCCAAAGGACUUACGUACAAUACUACUACAGCUUUUACUUCUAUGAACAAGCUGAAGCCUCUACGUUUUUUAAUUGCUACAUAUUCAAGGCUCACCCUCUGCAGGCUUAACCAGUCAGGCUUCCUUUGUCACAUACCUGUUACAUGGGCCUGGGCAGUAUAUCCCUCUACCUGUGCUCUCAUUUUCCUUUGUUUACACUGAGGAUUUGGAGGAGAGGGCAGGCAGGCAAAGUGUAUGGCCUCUGUCUAGCCUCUUUUGAUUGCACUGGCUUGAAUAUGGUAGCAGUAUUGCUAGAACUAUUUAAUUCAAUAAAUGCUUCAAUGCUAUUCUCUGAUA